CGUUAAUGGUUAUCUUAGAUUAGACGUUAGUCUAGCAAGCUAAAUAUAGCGAAAGUAUUUUGUCUGUAUUUAGUGUUUAGCUGUCAUGCUAGCUAUUCUAAAUGAACGCAUCAACGUCAUAUAUUAAAAUAGGCGAGUUAGGGAAAUGCAAACUGUGGUGGUACCUGACAAGCUAACCCACAUCACCAUUAUGUCUCCUUGAAACUUGCAAGCUAAGACGUUUUAGUGCGAUGGACAGUUAUAAUAUUGUCCGAAAGAUUGGAGAAGGUGCCUUUGGAAAAGCAUUCUUAGUCACAACCAAAGAGAGCGGCAAACAAUGUGUGGUAAAGGAGGUGAACGUGAGAAAGAUGUCAGCAAAAGAAAAAGAGUCCUCUCGAAAAGAAGCAACUCUGCUCUCCAGGAUGAAUCAUCCAAAUAUUGUUAAAUUUUUAAAAUCAUUUGAAGAGGGGACCAAUAUGUACAUUGUGAUGGAGUACUGCAAUGGUGGGGAUUUAAUGAAGAGGAUCAAUAUGCAGAGGGGUGUUCUGUUUAUUGAGGAUCAGGUAAUGGACUGGUUUGUGCAGAUCUGCCUGGGAGUAAAGCACAUCCAUGACAGAAAGGUGCUGCACAGGGACAUCAAAACACAGAAUAUAUUUCUAACCAACAAUGGGACGAAAGUAAAACUUGGUGACUUUGGAACUGCAAGAAUGUUAAACAACACCAUGGAGCUGGCCAGGACAUGCGUGGGAACGCCCUAUUAUUUGUCUCCAGAGAUCUGCGAGAAUAGGCCUUACAACAACAAGACGGAUAUCUGGUCGCUGGGCUGUGUACUCUAUGAACUCUGCACCUUGAAGCACCCUUUUGAGGGCAGUAGCCUGAGGCAGCUGGUGGUGAAGAUCUGCAAGGGCCGCUAUAACCCAGUCUCUCCUCACUACUCCUGCGACCUGCGGAGCCUGAUCACUCAGCUGUUCAAGGUCAGCCCUCGUGAUAGGCCCUCUGUCAACACUGUCCUCAAGAAGCCUUUUUUGGAGAAGCGCAUCGGGAAGCACCUGGACUCCCAGAUGAUCCAAGAGGAGUUCAGCCACACCGUGCUCCACAGAGACAGACCUAAGGAACCCCAGCCCAGAGUGAGAGCUGGUUCAGCACAGACUGCAGAGAAAGUUACAAAGGCCAAGGCUGGAGAGAGGCCUGGUCCAUGUAUGAAGCCAGGGCCCAUGACGAGAAAACCGCCCCUGAGGCCAGCAUGGAAAUCUCCAACAAAGCCAGUGUACUCCAAAGCAGCAGCGAUGGAGAGGCCACUGGUCAGACACUACGGUCAUUACGACCACUACGGGAGGAACAGUCACCUUAUAAACCGGUGCGAUGAGCCACGUGGUCACUACGUCCACUACCAUGCCCAGCUGGACGCCAUGCAGCGGAGGCGCCAGGAGGAGGCCGCUGCGUCUCCCUCUCCUCCUCACCAAACUCCGGGCCAGGCGAGGGCCAAUGACUGCCAUGGCAACAGCCCAAACAUUCUAGAACCUUACAAGCUAGUGGCAGCUGCGAGGGAGGAGUACUUGCAGCGGAGACAGGAAGCCAAUCAGUACAAGCUGAGAGCUGAGAAACAGCUGGGCCUUCGCCCCUCCACUGCGGAUGAGGACGGCUACAAAAUCUCAGAGCAAGAGCGCGGGGCGUCACCUCCGCCGGGGGCACGCCACCAUGCAGGCCAUGCUGGGAGACAGGGAGGGCAGCAGGAGUACUUGGAGCAGCUGCAGCUGAUCCGACAGCAGUAUCAGAACGAAGUCAGAGAGCUCCGGAUGAAGGCGGCAGCAGAGCCUCAGCCUCAGCUUCAGGCCAAAGUCAUGACCUUCCUGGUGGAAGAGCCCCAGUCCAGAGAGAACCCUGCACAGCCAGAAAGCGAGAAGAAUGAGAGGAUUGUGCCUGAACAGAAUGUGGACAGAGAGCUGAGAAAAAUCAUGGACCAGAACAGGAAGGACAGGAAAGCUCUGGAGAGGAAGUUCAGGGACAAGAAAGGGAUCAUGUUUGAGGUCCUCCUGAAUGAUGAAGGGGUGCAGGAGGAGGGAGAGAAGGAAGCAGAGGAGGAGGAUGACCCCUUGAACCAGACUCUAACCUUCCAAGCGGGAGAGGAACUGAAACAGAGGAACUCCACGAGGGGGGAGAGGAAGGGCUGGGGUCAGGGAGCACCUAACACGUUGCUCAGUGCCCUCGCCGAAAUGGAGGUGUCGUCUGUCUACCCCACCAUGUCUGAGCCUGGUCUCGUAGGAGGAGCAGAGGAGGAAGGGGAGGCAGAAGGGGUGAGGAGGCAUUGGGGUGAUGGCCCCCCCAACACCCUGCUACAAGCGCUGGCUCUGGCAGAGCUCACCUCCACCUUAGACCCUGACUCCGCAGAGAACGAGGCUGGGGAUGAGGAUGAGGAAGACAGUUCUGAUAUAGACCUGGAUGAAGAGCGCCUGGAGCCCAGGUCAGAUGAUGAGGACACAAACUUUGAGGAAUCAGAGGAUGAGCUGAGAGACGAGGUGGCAGAAUCCAUGAAGAACUACUUCUCAUUGGAGGAGGAAGAGGAAGAUGAAGGGAAGGAAAAGAACGGAAGAGAAGUUAGUGAACAAGAGAAGGGGGAAGAUAAGGUAGAUGGGGAGGAGUCUACGGCCUCACAUGAAGUAAACGCUGUGUCUGAGCCUCAGGGUGACACCAUCGCAGUCACCUCCGCACAAGAGACGGAGACCAGGAGUGACGUGCAGGCUGCAAACCAGACGCACACGGACAAGCCUCAGGUUCUGGAGGAUGACCAGGCCAAGACUGGAACCGGGAACUGCGAGAACCCCGAGGAGCAUCAGGACAUAGACUAGCUCCUACAGUACCAUCACCAUCAAGAAGCACUGUCAUCUUGACUAAGAAACUUCAACCCCCAGAUUUUUCCAUAUACAUUUCUAUAUAAAUUUCCAUAUCUAUUUCCAUCUAAACCAUAUA